UGGAUCGAUGCUCUCCGCGGUGGUGGUGGUGGUGACAGCUAUGGCGGAGCUAGAGCGAAAGCCAUUGAGGCGGAGGCUGUGAUGGCUAUCUCGGACACGUACACAGCCACUGAUAAGAUCAUUGCUCUCCCUCCUGCUGCGUGUGCUCUCACACCUGCCUCCUCCUCCCUCUCUUACCCCCUCCCUCCCUCCCCUCCCUCCGAUUUUUGUGAGGAAGUGUUGGGAAGGGGUGUCGCCUUGUCCCUCCUCCUUUCUGUUCCCCACUCUUCCUCCUCCCCAUCGGGGAGAGUUUGA